ACUCCGGCAAACUCCAGGCUGAGGACCGUUGAGUCUUAUAAAGGGUCUGGAGCUCUCGGAUACAGGACUGGCUAUAUGGGACGCUACUUGGAUGUCACAGUCUUUCACUCUCCUAAGGGAUCAUAUUAAUUAUUUAAAGGUUUUCUAUUUUUACAUUUUUUAAGUUACUUUCCCGUCGCGACGUUCUCAUUCAGGAUAGAUGAUUCUGUGCAGCUGGCUGAUGCAGUCCGCCCAUCAUCAUACUUGGGAAUCUAGAACAUUCGGAUGUUCUGUUGAUCCCGACUUUAUUCUUCUUUAGGACACUUUCUAUUUUAUGGAAAGACGGAGGACAAUAUCACAAUUCGUUACAAAAUGGAUUUAAAUCCAAGCGUAAAAUGUAAAAUAGUUGUCGUUGGGGAUAGUGAAUGUGGGAAAACCGCUCUACUUAAUGUGUUUGCAAAAGAUUCAUUUCCUGAGGGCUACAUUCCCACGGUGUUUGAGAACUACACGGCCAGUUUUGAAAUCGAUACGCAGAGAGUUGAACUCCGUCUGUGGGACACUUCAGGUUCACCAUACUAUGACAACGUGCGACCUCUCUCCUACCCGGACUCUGAUGCAGUCCUCAUCUGCUUUGACAUCAGCAGACCAGAGACCCUGGACAGUGUACUGAAGAAGGUGAGUGUUUUGGGAUGAUGUAGCGGACUCUUG